AUGUCGAAGAAGAAAGAAUCCGUGGAAAUCGAGAUGACCACUGGUGUCUCCAAUUCCGACGUGCUUCGGUUUAGCCCGGAUUCUGACGACGAAGACGAUGGACGAGGAAUUUUCAAAGCGAACAAACCAGACGUGAUGAAAGAUGGUUUCGCAGUCUACAUGCAAAGAGCAACGCAAGAGUUGUUUUUUACAAACAAACUGAAUUAUCUGUUGGUGUGCGUCCCGUUAGCGAUUGUUUCCAACGGAGGCGGUUGGGGAGACGGCAUAACGUUUACUUUCUCGUUGAUUGCGAUUUGCCCAUUAGCCGAGCGUUUGGGAUUCGUCACGGAACAGUUGGCGGGAUAUACAAACUCAACCGUAGGCGGCUUGUUGAACGCGUCGUUUGGGAAUGCCACAGAAAUGAUCGUCUCCAUGUACGCUUUAAAAGCUGGAUUAUUACGUGUCGUCCAGUUGUCUUUGCUCGGCUCUAUUCUUUCGAAUAUGCUUUUAGUUCUUGGGUGCGCGUUUCUCUUUGGAGGCAUGUCGAGGAAAGAACAAUAUUUCAACGCCGAGGGCGUCAUGAUGAAUUUUGGUUUGCUUUUGUUGGCGGUGAUGGGGUUAUCGCUCCCAGCCUUGUUGCACUUUACGCACACCGAGCUGCACGGAACCGCGUCGGAACUCGCUCUCUCUCGAUUUUCGAGUACAAUUCUUCUUUUAAUCUAUUUGGCGUUUUUGUAUUUUCAACUGGUCACGCACACGCAUCUUUAUGAAGACGAAGAAGAUGACGACGACGACGACGACGACGAGGAACUAGUUCUCGGCUUUUGGGAUUCCAUCGUUUGGCUUGGAGUCUUUACAGUUUUUAUCUCCAUCUUAUCCGACUAUUUAGUCGCAACUAUCGAAGGUGCCUCGGCGUCUUGGGAUUUCUCUGUUGCUUUUAUUUCGGUAAUUUUAUUACCCAUCGUUGGGAACGCCGCCGAACACGCCUCGGCGGUAAUGUUCGCGAUGAAGAAUAAAAUGGAUAUCUCGUUGGGAGUAGCUGUCGGUUCGUCGACGCAAAUCGCGCUUUUAGUCAUACCGUUUUGCGUCAUUGUUGGCUGGUUCAUGGACAAGCCUAUGGAUUUGAAUUUGCAAAUGUUUGAGACGGCGACGUUGUUCACAACUGUCAUCACAGUCGCGUUCGUUUGUCAGGAUGGAAGAUCGAAUUGGUUGAAAGGAUUAGUGUUGAUAUUAGCAUACAUUCUUCUCUCAGCCUCGUUCUUUUUCCACAAAGAUCCGGCAUUGAUUGGCCGCCAGGCAGCAAGUUCAAUUAAUGAGUGGAAUGAAGAGUUCUGA